AUGGCCUUGUUGUCGGCUCUUCUUUUGCUCUUUUCUUCUCUGUGUGUGCAGCAGUCAAGCUGCAUCAUUCCGUUGGGAGCUUCUCUUUCCUCGGCCACUCAAACAACCUCAUGGACUUCGCCUUCUCGUCGCUUUGCGUUCGGUUUUUACAAUCGAGGCAAUGGCCUUUAUGUUGGAGUUUGGUUGGACGGCAAUGGAAAGAAGGCUAACAAAGUUAUAUGGACAGCAAAGCGUGAUGAUCGGCCCUUCACUUCAGAUGCUACACUGAAGUUAAAUGAGAUAGGAGUGAUUGUUUCGACGGCUGAGUGCAGAGAGAUGAUAUUUAUUGCUAAUGAAAACCACUCGGAUGCCUACUCUGCCUCCAUGCUAGAUUCAGGCAAUUUCGUUAUCUACAACAAAGAUAAUCAUAUCAUUUGGGAGAGUUUCCAGCAUCCUACAGAUACCAUUUUAGGUGGUCAGAGUCUGUUAGCCAAUAGCCAGUUGAUCUCCAGUUUAUCAGAAAAUGAUCCCUCAGCUGGAAUGUAUCAUCUCAGAAGGCAAAACGAUGGGAAUCUUGUUCUAUACCCUCUAGAAUCCGAAGACUCUCCUACAACUGCCUAUUGGAAAGCAGAAACUUAUGUGACAAAUGUGGCGAAUUUGUCGCUUCGCCUUAACUCGACAGGCGUCCUACAACUCAUCAACAACAUUGAUUCGUCCGUCUACAGAACAAUUCAUUUAUCUAAUCAAGAGGAGAGCUAUAGCGACUUCAACGAGAGCAGAAGCAACAACAGCAAGAGUAUUGUUUACAGUGCAAGCCUUGAUGUUGAUGGGAAUUUCCGGUUAUAUGCUCAUGUGUUUGAGCCAAAUGGUGGAUUCCAAACUUACGCAAUGCGGAGUGCGUUGGUAAAUUCCUGUAAAAUUAAAGGCUUUUGCGGUUUCAACAGCUAUUGCACCUUCAAUGAUAACCGGCCUUUCUGUGCAUGCCUUCCCGGGACUGAUUUUAUCGAUCCUAAUCAGAACACCAUCGGCUGCAAAAGAAAUUAUUCGGAAGCGCACUGCAAAGGAGGGAAGGCCAAUAUACCCCUUUAUAACAUCACCUCAAUGCAAGCGCAGUUCGAUAAAGGAGUUUGCAAGAAACAAAAGCUUCCACUCAGGUAUUUGCUACGAGAUAUCGAUGCUCAAAUGAAUCCCACUGUUUUAUUGAAGGUGGGAAUCAUAAGCCUUGAAGCACAAAACGACACUACUUCCCCUGAUUUAAAGCCACCGCAGUUCCUAAUCAAACGGGAAAUUUCGGUCGUGCAGAUUCUUGUUUUAUCUUCCAUUCUCGUUGCAUGUUCAUGUGCUUUGCUUACAACCUCUAGUGUAUUCAUCUAUAAAUUUCGAGUUCUAAGAUACAAAAGGCUGCUGGAACUGGGAGAUUUGGGCCUAACCAGAGAGCUUAUGUUGACGUCGUUUUCAUACAAGGAACUCAAGAGAGCCACAAAUGGAUUUAAACAAGAGUUGGGUAAGGGAUCGUUUGGAGCAGUCUACAAAGGAACUCUAGACCGAGGAAGAAAGCCGAUCGCCGUGAAGAGACUGGAAAAGUUAGUGGAAGAAGGUGAAAAAGAGUUCCAAGCAGAAACACGAGCAAUCGGUAGAGCUCACCACAGAAAUUUAGUUCGACUAUUGGGAUACUGUGUCGAGGAUUCCAAAAGGCUUUUGGUGUAUGAGUACAUGGGCAAUGGAUCCCUUGCAGACCUACUUUUCAAGUCAACAAGGCGCCCAUCUUGGAAUGAAAGAAGGAGAGUAGCCCUAGAUGUUGCUAGAGGACUCCUCUACUUACAUGAAGAAUGUGAGACACCAAUCAUUCACUGUGAUAUAAAGCCGCAAAACAUAUUGAUGGAUGAUUCAUGGAGAGCUAAAAUUUCAGACUUCGGGCUGGCAAAACUGUUGAUGGGAGAUCAUACAAGGACAUUCACAGUAGUGAGGGGAACUAGAGGGUACAUUGCACCAGAAUGGAAUGGAAACACUCCGAUCUCGGUGAAGGCCGACAUUUACAGUUUCGGAAUUGUGCUACUGGAAACGGUGUUUUGCCGACGAAACUUGGACACCAAUGUGUCAAAACCAGAGGAGAUAAUUCUGUCGAGACUGGUGUUUAGAUGUUUGGUUGAAAGAGAGGUGGAUAAGCUUGUGGGUGAUGAACAAGUGGACAAGGAAAGCUUCGAAAGAAUGGUGAUGGUGGCACUCUGGUGCAUUCAAGAUGAACCAGCUCUUCGUCCUUCAAUAAAGACUGUAGUUCUGAUGCUGGAAGGGAUUACUGAUAUAUGUAUUCCUCCAUGUCCAAAUGCUUCCUACAUGUGAUGUGAUGGCCCAGACAUCAAUCAUCUCACUCAAACUGCUCUUGCAGACACUGAAUGUAUGUAAGGAUUGCAUCAUGUUUGUGUUUUCUUUUAUUAGUCAAUAAAUCUGUAAAAUUCUUUGUGCAUUGUACGUCGCCCGUGGUUUGUAG